AUGGCGACAAAACGAAAAGCCUCCGCCAUCCAAGCCUCUGCCAGCGAGGAGCCUGUGGACCCUUCCGAUGAGCUCCUUUUCUACAAUCUAGGAGGCGGAAAUGAAGUUGGGAGAUCAUGUCAUAUCAUUCAAUACAAGGGGAAGACGGUUAUGCUUGAUGCUGGAAUGCACCCUGCAAAAGAAGGCUUCGCUGCUCUCCCGUUCUUCGACGAUUUUGACCUAAGUAGCGUUGACAUCCUUCUUAUAAGCCAUUUCCACUUGGAUCACUCGGCCGGUCUGCCCUACGUGCUUAGCAAAACUAAUUUCAAGGGUCGGGUUUUCAUGACACACGCUACCAAAGCUAUCUACAAGUGGUUGAUCCAGGACAACGUCCGGGUUAGCAAUACGUCUUCUUCCUCUGAUCAACGAACGACGCUCUAUACCGAAGAAGAACACCUUUCGACGCUGCCGCAGAUCGAGGCCAUCGAUUUCAACACCACCCAUACUAUCAACAGCAUUCGUAUUACACCAUUUCCUGCGGGCCAUGUUCUUGGUGCAGCCAUGUUCCUUAUCUCAAUUGCGGGACUUAACAUUCUGUUCACAGGAGAUUACUCCCGUGAAGAAGACCGGCAUCUUAUAUCUGCAGAAGUACCCAAGGGUAUCAAGAUUGACGUGCUCAUCACCGAAUCAACGUUUGGCAUAUCUUCAAACCCCCCUCGACUAGAACGGGAGGCGGCCCUCAUGAAAUCAAUCACCACCAUUCUCAAUCGGGGUGGGCGGGUUCUCAUGCCGGUUUUCGCCCUGGGACGAGCUCAGGAACUCCUCCUAAUUCUCGAUGAAUACUGGAGCCGGCAUCCGGAAUUACAGAAAAUUCCCAUCUACUAUAUCGGAAACAUGGCGCGUAAAUGCAUAAUUGUUUACCAGACAUACAUCGGAGCUAUGAACGAAAAUAUCAAGCGUGUCUUUCGCGAGCGCAUGGCAGAGGCUGAUGCUGCUGGUGCCAAUAGUGCCACUGCUGGGCCGUGGAAUUUUCGCUAUGUGCGUAGUGUGAAGAAUAUUGAGCGAUUCGAUGAUGUUGGUGGGUGUGUUAUGCUUGCGUCUCCUGGUAUGCUACAAACCGGCACUAGUCGAGAGCUUCUUGAACGAUGGGCGCCAAACGAACGCAACGGAAUCAUCAUGACUGGAUAUAGUGUUGAGGGGACUAUGGGUAAGCAGAUCCUGAAUGAGCCAGAGCAGAUUCCAGCCGUUAUGAGCGGUAGGAAUGCGGUGGGUCCAGCAAGGCGAAUGACCGGAGGCGAUGAAGAACAAAAAGUCAUGAUUCCAAGGCGAUGCACUGUGGAUGAGAUAAGUUUUGCAGCUCACGUAGAUGGCGUUGAGAAUCGUGAAUUCAUCGAAGAAGUUGGGGCUCCUGUUGUUAUUUUGGUUCAUGGCGAAAAACACCAAAUGAUGCGCCUGAAAUCCAAACUUCUAAGUCUGAACGCAGACAAAAAGGUUAAGGUCAAAGUAUUCACACCAGCAAACUGCGAGGAAGUCCGAAUACCCUUCCAAGUUGACAAAAUGGCCAAAGUCGUAGGGCGGCUCGCAGAGAGGCCACCGCCAGCUGAUGAAUCGGAAUCGCGACUUAUGAAUGGUGUUCUCGUCCAAAACGGGUUCAAACUAUCACUUAUGGCUCCCGAGGACCUUCGAGAGUAUGCUGGGCUGGCUACGACGACUAUCACCUGCAAACAACACAUCACACUGAGCACUGCCAGUAUUGGUUUGAUUCGGUGGGCGUUGGAGGGGACAUUUGGGGCUAUUGAAGAACUGAGGGCCCAUCACUACAAAAAAGAUGGCGGGGAAACCAACGGCGAUGAGGUUUUUAAAAAGGAGGAGGAAGAAGCGGAUGAAGAGAUACCCUCAGACGAGCCACUUGCAUAUCUCAUUAUGGGGUGUGUUACUCUCCGCUACAGGCCGCGAGCUCGCGAGGUAGAAGUUGAAUGGGAGGGGAAUAUGAUGAAUGAUGGGAUUGCUGAUGCCGUCAUGGCCGUGCUAUUAACAGUGGAGACAAGUCCGGCUUCAGUAAAACGAUCAAGCAAACAACACCGUCAUAUACACUCCCAUGACCACUCACUACGUCUACCAAAUCCACACUCCAAUCUAACCCCUGAAGAACGCCUCGCGCGCCUCUGCAUGCUGCUCGAAGCCCAAUUCGGUCCAAACAUCUCACCAAUCGAGAAACCAAAGAUGAGACACUCCUUCGCCGCCCCGACACCAACACCCGCUCCCCCUGUCGCCAAAAACAACGGCACCCCAACCCUUCAAAAGCCAGACCCAGAUGCUAGCGCAGUCUCAACAUCAACUCCCUAUGGAAAAGCCAACCAAGCCCCAUCACCCACAGAUACAACACCAACCACAACACCCCCCGACGAGUUAUCACCGGAACACCUCCACGAACUCGAAAGCGCAGAGCUCGACCGGCUGCAUAGCCUCGGUAUAUCCGUGCCGGGCCUGGAAAUCCGGGUUGACAAGCAUGUGGCGCGGGUGUGGUUGGAGACGCUGGAGGUGGAGUGUUCGUAUGCGGUGUUGAGGGAUCGAGUGCGGGUGGUUGUGGAGAGGGCGGUGGAGACGGUGGCGGGGUUGUGGGUUGGUGGUAGUUAUGAUGGGGGUGCUGAAGGGACGGGGAAGGGGAAGGGAAGGGGGGUUGAGUAA